GGGGCAUAAAUACUGCCGUGUCCGGUCAGCUUGACACAGAGGAGAGAACAGAGCGACACCGUGAUCCAGCUCUCACUCUAUAAGGACAGCAUCAGAAGAGGAAACAUGGGUUUUGGAGACAUCAUGAGCGUUCAGACUACUGGAGCCUCGGUGCAAACAGCUCAGCAGGACAAACUGACUUACUCAGGUGUGAGGGCAUCACACACCCUGGCACAGACGGACGCGGGCAGAAUGGACAACUACAAGUCUACAAUCAGGAGAGUGGGAGCAAAGUAUGGAAUCGCUCCAGCUCUCAUAGCUGCCAUCAUCUCCAGAGAGUCCAGAGCUGGAAAUGUCUUAGAAGGAGGCUGGGGAGACUACGACCACAGCAGAGGACAGUAUAAUGCCUGGGGACUGAUGCAGGUUGAUGUCAAUCCAAAUGGAGGCGGACACACUGCACGUGGUGGCUGGAACAGCGAGGAACACCUCUGCCAAGGCACCGAAAUCUUGGUUUAUUUUAUCGGACGCAUCCGCAACAAAUUCCCAAGCUGGACCGCCGAGCAGCAGCUGAAAGGAGGGAUAGCGGCCUACAAUAUGGGAGAUGGAAACGUCCAUUCCUAUGGUGAAGUGGAUGCCCACACAACAGGAAGAGACUACUCCAAUGAUGUUGUUGCCAGAGCGCAGUGGUACAAAAACAAAGGAGGCUUCUGAAACCUGAAGCUGUCCACAACUGAAAUCUCCUGCAAAUGUUCUCUGUCAUGUUUGCUCCCUGUUCAAACUUGAGCGAAAUAAACACAAUCAAGCAAAACUUGCCCAUCUUACUGAAAUGAAGAGUACAGCUGAGGCUGAUGUGAGUGUCGUUAGUUUUGCAGGUCUUUGGUCAUAAACCAAAGAGACGGAAAAAAUCAAUGUUUUGGUCUGAUGUUGGCACUAGAUGAAGAGUUAAAGGAACAGUGUGUAGGAUUCAGGGGGAUUUAUGGGAAUAAAUGGAAUACAAUAAU